UCCUAUGUGAGUGGCCCAAGAAAAUAAAAGAAAUGGAACUAGAACCGGGGGGAAAAUCCAUUGCCAAUUCGACUAUCCCUUGGAGGUUUGUUUCCUUCCAACGCCAAGCGCCUUCCUUUUGUUUGGUGCAAUCUGUUAACCAUUUCUCAUUCCUGCUCAACAGUAAAUUUAAUUGCCAUUCUAAGGAUCGCUCAGAGCAUAACAACAGAGGAGAAGUCUCUUAAGAGAUGGUCAUCCCUCCAGCUGUUAGACCACCAAGAGUUACAAAAUUUCUUAAGCCAUAUGUGCUGAAGAUGCACUUCACAAACAAGUAUGUUAAUGCUCAAGUGACCCACUCACCAACAGCUACAGUAGCCGCCUCUGCAAACUCACAGGAGAAGUUGCUAAGGUUGGGCAUGGAAUGCACCCGGGAUGUUGCGGCUGCGGGAGAGAUUGGGAAGAUACUGGGGGAGCGCUUGCUUCUCAAGGACAUUCCUGCUGUCUCUGUUUUGUUGAAGAGGGAACAAAAGUACCAUGGCAAGGUAAAGGCUGUGAUUGAUUCUUUAAGGGAAACAGGUAUAAAGCUGCUUUAAACUCAAUUGACUCUCCACUCAUAAGAGCACCCUCCAAGUUCUGAUUUUGAGAGGCUUUAUUUUCUCCAUGUAUUUCUUUGGAUUGCUCUCUUGGGAACCUUUUCUUGAUGAAUCUAGAUUUUCUGUUUC